AUGGGUUACUCUCUUCACCUACUCCGACCAUCAACCGUAGCCCUGGUCCUGGUCCGACAUCGCUCACCGGGAAAGAGUUCAGUAGCGAGGAGGGAGAAGAGAAACCGAUCUUACUCUAAUAACCUAUGGGCCUGGCCCAAAAUUGUUGGUGAAAUACUUAGCCCAUCAAGCAGAUGGGUCCAUGGCCCAUUAUCCUUUGAGUACAAGCCCAAGUCACGAGUUAGUGUAGUCGGGUAUAUGACGAUCAACGAUUUAUCCCUGCAAAGUUAUACUGCACUUCUUGGUGAUUUAGUCAUGGUGUUACAGAACUGUUAA